AUGGGUCUAUUGGAGCGGAGCAACAUCGGCAUUGGACUCACUCUGCAUGCACAGUCCACGGAGUACGUGCCUGGUGACGUCCUUUCCGGAAUUGUGGAGGUGGUAGUAAAGAAGGACGUCUCUUGGCGUGGCGUUCGAUUGCGCAUUCGCGGGGAGGAGUACGCCAAAGUUCGGUCUGGCUUGUCGCUCAAUUUCGCCUCGCGUGUGCACUACGACAAGGUGUACACUCUGGCGGGUGACUCGUGCGGCGGUGAGCGCAUGGAUAGGGCGCCACUUCUACUAAAUGAUGUCGAUGAUGAAGACGGGGAGAUAAUGACUUCCAUGCAGCGGCUUCAAGUGGGUGUUUACAGGUAUCCGUUUGAGUUGGAGUUACCUGCCUUUCUUCCACCAAGUUUUGAGGUGCGUUGCAAACAGGAUGGCGGUGAGGCGCGCAUGACGUAUACAGUGAAGGCAUACGUUGAUAUUCCUUUUGGCCUGGAUGCAGAAUGCGUCAAGAAAAUCUAUCUGCUGUCUGCAAUUCCGCGCACAUUGUACGAGCAGCGUAUGGGCGAGGGUAAUAAAACGUCUUUGGUGUCACACGCACAGCUGCACAGUUUUUCGUGCUUAAGUUGUUUCUGCUGCCCUAGAGCGGGACAGGUUAUUAUUACUGAGGCAUCACUGGAACCAACAAUUUUUGUACAGGAUAUGGACAGCGUUGCGGCUGCUAGUGGUAUUGAAGGUGCAAACAGCAGUACAAUUUNGGAACCAACAAUUUUUGUACAGGAUAUGGACAGCGUUGCGGCUGCUAGUGGUAUUGAAGGUGCAAACAGCAGUACAAUUUGUGUAAAUGUGAAGGUUCUCAACGACACUCACGAAACAUUGCACGAAACACGUGUUCGGUUAACAAACGUCGUGGAGAUUAAACCGGAGGAUACAGUUGCUGUUCGCCGAGCAAAUCUCGGAGAGCCUUUUAUAUUCCAAGAGAAUAUACACCCUGGGGAAGAAAAGGCAUUUGUGGCUUUCUUCCAUUGCUCACCACUCAUUCCGUACUCGGUGCUGGAGGAUGAUGGUGAUAGCGGCGGUGAUGCGUAUCGCUGCGCCUUCUCCCCGCUUAUCCCAUGGAAAAAACAAAAGAGGUAUGUGAUGUACGAGCAGCCCCUCGUGAACGUCGCAACUUCGUUUGUAAAAAGUUGCUGCGUAUUCUCGGUGGACUUUCCUGGGGCCCGCGCCAAAGGCACCAUUAAUGACGAUAGUGCCUUGCUGUUGUCAAGCACUAUCGAUGAGCGAAACCACUGCUCCAAAUUUCCAUGUGUGUACGACACCAUGAGUGAAGAACGGAAGGCUUUGCCAAAUAACAUGUACAGCUCCUAUCCCUACCUGCACGACUACGCCAAGGGGCCCGAAGAAGCACGGUAUGUGGCUCAGGCGCGAAGUGGUGCGCCAACCACGUGUGGUAUCGUUCCCGCAUACACAAACGGGGAUCCCGUGGAGGAAAUGAUACUUCGUAAAUGA